CACUAACUACUUACAUUUAUCUGUUCCUUUGUUGAUAAGGACAAUAUUAGACACAACUAUGUCUAAGUUUUUGGUUUUCCUUGUUCUAAUUUCAAUUAUAACCUUAUGCCAUGCAGAAAAUACUGCAAAAGAAAUUUCUGAAAUUUUUCGCCGUCUUGAACAUGUUGAAAGCAAGGUAAAUACCCUUGAAGCAGAAAAUGAACAUCUGAGAAAUGAAAAUGUACACAUCAAGCGCAUUUUAAAGGAAUAUAUUCUGUUACAUGACCGGACAGAUGGAGUUAGAGAUAAUAAUGUUAAUUUCCUUUCUUCAAAUGACCAUUCAAAUCAUACCAUAUUUAGUAAGGAAAAUGCUACAAAAGAGGAGACCAGUACUUAUUUUAGAACACAAUUCGCCUUCAAGGAGACCAAGAGAGCUUCAAUCAUCAAGCGAUUGCUAUUAGAUACACCCACAUCGACAACACCACCGAUGAAAGUCGCCUUUGCAGCUGGCCUCUCAACGACUAUUAACAGUCUAGGAUCACACCAAGCUAUCGAAUAUGAUGAAGUUAUUACGAAUGAAGGAAACGCAUAUGACGCCCGCCAUGGACACUUCAUCGCUCCAAUGAAAGGGAUGUAUUUAAUAUCAGCUACUAUUACAGCAGCAACAGGAAAGUACGUUGCACUUGAGUUAGUAAAGAAUGGACAGAGAACUGCUGUCAUGUUUGCUGAUUCUCGAUCAGCUAGUCAUUAUUCGUCACAAAGUAGAACAUUGCCAUACGUUCUAGAGCAGGGUGAUAUGGUUUGGUUACGUACGUACCCUGGUUAUAGUAGCCAUGAACUUGAAGGAUCAACACACUCAUUUUAUAAUUGUUUUGCAGCUGUUCUUCUUUUCUUAAUGUGA